AUGCGGCCUGCGAGCUCCCUGCUGCUCGCCCUGCGACCAUGUCAGAACGGCUCGAAGAUCAGACAUCUUGACCAAGGUGUUGUCUUUUCAUUGUACAACUCUGCGCCGAGACACUCCAGGAUAGAUGCGCGCGCAGUACAUUUGUCAACUCUUGCUCAACCACCGCCAUCUCGUUCAGCAGUACCUUCUCUCCUCAGACGCAACCGCUACCCGGCGUUGCCUGGAUCCAAAUGUGAGCAUGGCAUCCUUCAGCAUGCCCGCCCUUUCACAGCUACGUCGUUCUUCUGCCGCGAAACCCCGACACCAGUAACAAAAGAAGAGAAGUCGCCGAAGAAGACAUCUGAAGAUGAACAAGACGACGAAGAGUUUGGUAGAUCUGAGAAAGCCAACGCGGCAUCUCAAGUCAAUUUAAGCGCAAAGCUGUCAAAAGACGGCGCCGGAUCUGGUGCUUCGGGUUUCGGUGAGGUAUGGCGACUGCUCAAAAUCGCACGACCUGAGGCCAGGGUCCUGCUCGCAGCGUUCGUUCUGCUUCUGAUAUCAUCCGGUAUCACCAUGUCAAUCCCGUUCUCGAUCGGUAAGAUCAUGGACAUUGCAACGAAAGGCAAGGCCAAUACAGAAGGUGACUCGAGCGAAGCGCCAAACGAAAUGCUGUUCGGAUUUAGUAUGACAACAUUCUAUACCGCGCUGGUGUGCAUAUUGGCAACGGGCGCAGCAGCCAAUUACGGUCGCAUCAUCAUUCUGCGGAUUGUUGGCGAAAGAAUCGUUGCGCGACUACGGUCAAGGCUAUUCCGACAAACCUAUAUUCAGAAUGCCGAGUUCUUCGAUGCCAACCGUGUAGGAGAUCUGAUAUCGAGAUUGAGUUCAGACACCAUCAUCGUUGGCAAGUCAAUCACGCAGAACCUAUCGGAUGGGCUGAGAGCCUUCGUCAGCGGUACCGCUGGGUUUGGCUUGAUGGCAUGGGUUUCACUAAAGCUCACCGGGGUCCUGGGUCUGCUAUUCCCGCCUAUCGCGAUUGGAGCCUUCUUCUAUGGUCGAGCUAUUCGAAAUCUGAGCAGAACGAUCCAGAAGAAUGUUGGUACACUGACAAAGAUCGCGGAGGAGCGACUGGGCAAUGUUCGGACUUCCCAAGCAUUUGCGGGUGAAAUCCUGGAAGUCCACCGUUACAACACGCAAGUUCGAAAGAUCUUUGAACUUGGCAAGCGGGAAUCUCUGAUCAGCGCAACAUUUUUCUCCUCUACCGGCUUCCUCGGUAACAUGACGAUUGUCUCCCUCCUCUACGUCGGAGGAGGUAUGGUCAGUGGCGGGGAGAUCACAAUCGGUGAACUCACAUCCUUCUUGAUGUACACCGCAUACGCCGGCUCUUCGCUAUUCGGCCUAUCAUCUUUCUACUCAGAGCUGAUGAAAGGUGUUGGUGCCGCAUCCCGAUUAUUCGAAUUGCAAGAUCGGGAACCGACGAUUUCGCCAACCGUAGGUACCCCUGUCAGCAGUGCGCGUGGCCCAAUUCAAUUCAAGCAAGUCACAUUCAGUUACCCAACCAGACCAGCAGUCAAGAUCUUCAAAGAACUGGACUUCACAAUUCCGCAAGGAUCCAAUGUUGCCGUUGUUGGACCCUCAGGUGGAGGCAAGUCGACAAUUGCCUCGCUCCUUUUGAGAUUCUACACACCUUCCGAAGGUCAGAUUCUGAUCAAUGGCAAAGACAUCUCGACCAUGAAUGUCAAGUCACUUCGUCGCCGAAUCGGUGUUGUUUCUCAAGAACCAGUUCUGUUCUCUGGCACGAUCGCUGAGAAUAUCGCCUAUGGUCGACCCAAUGCAACUCGGGCAGAAAUUAUGCGAGCUGCGAGACAAGCCAAUUGCCAGUUCAUCUCCGACUUUCCUGAUGGGCUCGAUACUCAUGCAGGAGCUCGGGGCACGCAGCUCUCAGGGGGUCAGAAGCAGCGUAUUGCGAUUGCGCGAGCACUGGUGAAGGAUCCAGAUAUUCUCAUCCUCGAUGAAGCGACUUCUGCACUCGAUGCAGAAUCAGAAACACUUGUCAAUGAAGCCCUCGCGGCCCUCCUCAGAGGUUCUAAUACCACGAUCUCGAUUGCUCACCGUCUAUCAACGAUCAAGCGAUCCGAUACUAUCAUCUGCUUAAGCAAUGAUGGUCGUGUUGCGGAGAUGGGUUCGUACGAGGACCUAAGCAGCAGGCCGGAUGGUGCAUUCACCAAGUUGAUGGAAUGGCAAAUGAGUGGUGGCGAGCCUACUCCAGGUAUCAACAAAGACAUACCGAUCAGCAGUGGUGGUCGAGGUCUCCCAACUGAGUCAGAAGAGAUCGAACUCUUGCUUCAGUCCGAUGAGACUGAGACCGAGGAUGGGGGUGAGACGGAUGAGAGCGUACGAAACUCCAAGGUCGCAGACCCAGUCACUGUGGCUGCAGAGGAAAAGAAGAAAUAA